AUGAUGAUCAACAAAAUAUAUCACCAGCUCCAAAGAUAACUGCUAAAUGUAAUCAAAAAGAUACUAUCUGUAAUGAUAAUACAAUUCAAGAACUGACUGUUGUUAAUGAAAGUUCAGAUAAAGGUUUAGAUGAAGAACUUAACGUUCAAAAAUUAACAUUCUUUUAA